AUGAAUAAUAAGAGUAGUAAUACUACCACCAAUGUUGGUGGUCAUAGUAUCGUCGAAAAUAACGCGGAUUUUGAGGAGAGUGGGAAAAACAUCGUCUUAAACGCUGCUGCGUUCGCGCAGGCCUACGCGUACAGCGCGUACGACGACAUCGAGAAACGAUUGGAAAUAAAAAAAGAUAAUGAAUCUCGACUGCAAAGGAAGAAUACGAACGAGAAGACAAAGACAAAGACGAAGAAGAAGGGAAGCGAGGAGAGUUUACUCGAGAUGAAAGAGAGCGUGGAAGACGUGGAUGACGAGGAUACCGACGACGACGAGACGACCGAACGACAAAGGGAAGAAGAAGAUGAAGAAGAAAUGGUAAAACGUCGUCGCAUGGAAGAAAGUCACGCGCAGACGACGAGCGCGAUGAAUGGCGGAGUAGACGGAAUGGUAGCAGCAGCGGCGGCUACGGCAACCUUGUAUAAUCAUCAUCCGUCGUCGUCGUUUCAAGCACAGUAUCAAAUGCCUUCGAUGCAGCCGCCGCCGCCGCCGAACGUACCGCUUGUUGCGCAACAAUAUCUUUUACAACCGACUGCGCUUCUCGUAGCCAACGAUACUAACAAUCAGGCGCAAGAGCAUCAUCAAGAACAACAACAACAACAACAUCUCGUCAUGGCGGCUGCUGCAGCUGCGGCAGCCGCUGCUGCUCCUCCAGUGUACGUGAAUGCGAAACAGUACGAAGCUAUUCUCAGGCGAAGAGCGGCGCGAGCGAAACACGAACUGAAAUAUAACAAGAUCGGGGCGGUAUUCUCACCAACCGGAGGUAAGAAGAACGGCACGGGUGAAGAGAAAAGGAAACCGUACAUGCACGAAAGCCGACACAAUCACGCGCGACGACGGAUACGAGGCCCGGGAGGUCGUUUCUUGACGCAAAAAGAGUUACUCGACGGGUUAGGAGGCGAAGAGGCGAAACAACAAGCGAUGAAAAGAAAAGAAGAAAACGAAAAGAGAGAGAAAGAGAGAGAAAGAAAGAAACAGUUGAGACAAAAGAAGAAGGAAGAGCAAAAAGUGAUGAUGAUGGAAAAGAGGAGGAACGCGGAGAAAAAGGGGGCGACGGGUGUCGACGAGGUUGUCGACGCCGAGAAAUAG